AAAGCUGCAUCCGCAAAGAAAGCCCGGAUUCCUUUCUUUUCUUUAGUGUUGCUAGAUUUCGAAAGCCAUUGAAUACUGCUGCAAACAAUCCUUGUGCUUUCCUUUCGACAGGCAAUUCAGGCAGAGUGAAGGAGCUUCAGUUCUCGUGGAACAUUGAAUAGAGAAGCAUGAAUCUCAUCUUUGGAACAUUAGCGCUCCUGAGUUUUCGAUGUCUCGGCGUUUUUGGUGACUGCGUUACGAAACCUUCAGAUACCGGUAAAUUCAUGGAUAGCUGUGAUUCUUGGUUCACCGCGAAAGAAUCAUGUGGAAAAAACACUCGUACUAAUCCCUGGCGUUAUGAAUUAUUAUUUAGGCCUGCCUCUGCUAGACGUUAUGAGUUACUUGUAAGACCAGAUGAGUUACUUGUAAGAUCAGAAGAAAAGGACACUGAAGUUAUGGUAGACGUGGAAGUUUACAAAGGAAACGAACCAAAGGAUGAGAAUUCCUUGGCGAUUGGCACCAAAUCAAGUUACAAUGCUUCUAUAAGCAGUGAUUGCUGGAUGAACAUCACCGUCCUCCAACCUAGGGUAUCUACUGGGAAUGCCAAAGUCAUUUUCAGUGCCAACAAUACAGAUAACCACGAGUUGACUCGAGAUAAUGUUACUUUCCUCCGCCUUAAGGCUUCCAGUCCUUUUUCGGUAUGCUCUCGGGGUUCCCAAGAACAUCGGAAUGGUCACAACAAGAACUCUGGCAGUAACGAUGAGGAGGAAACUCGUGAUGAGACCCCAGUUGCUCGUAAAGGUAAGACUGUUGUUCGCACUUGUAUCAGUAAACAGAAACUUCAGCUGUGGUUGAACUGUUGA